AUGCUCACGAAACUGAGCAAGGACAAGGAUUUCUCCAGAAAGAUUCGCAAAUUCUUCUCGCUGGCUCCAGUGUCACGAAUGUCCCACGUCAAAGGAUUGUUUUACUAUCUUGGUCAAAUCUAUGAGCAAUUCAAACUCGUUUAUCGAUUAUUCGGCGAUAAUGAAUUUUUGUCAAACAACAUAUUCACACAACUACUGACGGAUAUCAUUUGCGACAAAUCGGUGAAUAAUCCGCUAUGCGAAAAUUUCAUUUUCUCCGUGAGCGGACCAAACAGCAAUCAGUUCAACUCGUCCAGAAUUGGCAUUUAUUUGGCCCAUAAUCCAGCUGGGACGUCGUCUCGAAACAUGUUACACUUUGCGCAGAUGGUACGCACAAAAAGUAUGGCACCGUUCGAUCUAGGGCCAGAAGGAAAUACCAGGAAGUACGGUCAGGUGAGAAAAACGUAA